AUGAGUUGUCUAAGUUGGAACUAUCGUGGGCUUGGUAAUCCACUGACAGUUCAAGAUCUGCAUCAACUGGUGCAGUCAAAGUUCCCAUCCUUUGUUUUCUUCAUGGAAACAAAGUGUAGAAGAAACAGUAUUGAAAAACUAAAGAGGCAACUACAGUUUGCAAACAGCUUUGUUAUUGACUGCAAGGGGCUUAGUGGAGGGUUAGCUUUUCUUUGGAGUGAAGAUGUGGAGGCUAAGGUCUUGUCAUACACUCAACACCAUAUCUCUCUACUAAUCCAAGGGGAAGUAGGCAGUAGGGAGUGGGUUCUAACAGGCUUUUAUGGCAACCCUGACACAGCAAGAGAAAGGAGAGCCCUUAAGGCUCUCAAACCUGCCUUGGACAAAGGGUGGGUAUGUAUUGGAGAUUUUAAUGAGGUGCUUAGCUUAAGAGACAAAAGUGGAGGUAGGCUAAGACCUUUCAACCAAAUAAAGGCCUUCAGAGCAGCUAUUGAAGCCUACUCGCUAUCUAAUACAGGAUAUAUUGGUAAUAAGUUUACAUGGGCCAAUGGAAGGUCAGGACAGGCCUUUAUUAAAGAGAGGAUUGAUAGAGCUUUUUGCAACAUUGAGUGGUCUGAGAUCUUCCUAUACUCGAAAUUCUAUAAUCUAGCUUUAAGUUUAGAUCACUGCCCAAUUCUCAUUACCAUGGAGCAGUUUCAAGUUGACUCAACUAGAAAUGACAAACCAUUCAGAUAUGAGGCCAGGUGGGCCUUGAGGGAAGAUUGCUAUGGGGGAGUAGAGAAGGCCUGGAACAAACCUAGAUAG